UUGAAGUUAAGAUUAGAAUACAGACCAGUCUGAACAAGCCAUUGAUCGGUGCCCAUCUUCAGAGCAACUGUAGACUGCUAUUGAAGAAGUUUAAGAGGAUGAGCAACAAAGAAGACUCGAGCAAGUGUUGCCCCGCAGCCGCUCCGAUCUCCAGUUUUACCAUCCAGUCCAUCCUGGGCAGCGGUCCCUCGGAAGGGGGCAGGGAGCCAAGUUCCAAGGCAGCCACCGCCUGGCCGGGCAGGAAGCGAAGUCUGUCGGUGUCCUCCGAGGAAGAGGAGCCGGAGGAGAGCUGGAAACAUCACGGCUGCUUCUGUCCUGAGUCGCAGGGCCCCAAAGAAUCGUGCCACAAACACCAGCUCAUCAGUUUCACGUGUCUCAGCACCCCGAAAGGAAGUGGAGGAGCAGUGACAGUCAGCACAGACAGGACGCAAUUCCUCUCCCCAUCCCAACAGGACUUGAAGGAGGAGAAAGAGAAACACUUCCCUCCAAACUCCCCGUCUUCAGAGGACAGACAAAGGGACGGAGGGGACCGGCAGGCUCUUUCAGCCAAAAAGAAGACUCGCACUGUUUUCUCCCGGAGCCAAGUGUAUCAGCUGGAGUCUACCUUUGACAUGAAGCGGUACCUGAGCAGCUCGGAGCGGGCCUGCUUGGCCUCCAGCUUGCAGCUGACGGAGACCCAGGUGAAAACCUGGUUCCAGAACCGCAGGAACAAAUGGAAAAGGCAACUCUCGGCAGAACUGGAGGCGGCCAACAUGGCUCAUGCCUCAGCUCAGACAUUAGUGGGGAUGCCCCUGGUUUUCAGAGACAAUUCUCUUCUGAGAGUGCCAGUGCCCAGGUCUAUCGCCUUCCCAGCCCCUUUAUACUACCCAGGCAGCAACCUGUCAGCCUUACCUCUUUAUAACCUCUACAACAAAAUCGACUACUGACUCCGAGAGCCGAGGGCACUGGCUCAUUCUCUGUAUAGCAAUCAGAUAGCCGCAGUGAACGUUCAUAGAUUUCACCCGUCUGUAUCCACAGGGAAACAAAUGUGCUUCUUGCAAUGUUAAGACAUACACCAUGUGUAUUCAUUCUUUUUAUUUAUUGGAGCCUCUCGGUUUGUUUGUUUAUUUUCCAGGCUGACACCGUGUUUUUACGUACGUUCGCCCUGCAUUCUCCCACCAGGCAUAGCUGACUUUCUGAGCUUCACGGGACUUUUAAAAAACAAAUUGCCAUCGCCUCUCUAUCUGCACGGGCAGGUAGGAAAAGGCCAGGGCGCUUGGUUAUUUGUCUCUGCAAUUGUAUAGGCCAAUUCCCCCCUCCCUUUUCCCUCCCUCCCUCCCGCUUUCCUGAAUAUUAUUCUGUCACUUGAAAAUAAAAUGUCAAAAAGCAUAUUUCA